AUGGCCUCUAGAAAGCGCUCAGGAUCGUCUCCUCCUACCGAAGCCCAGUCCGCGAAGAAACAACGCGCCGACAGGGCGAAUCGAAGGGAAGCGGCUCGCGAUAUUCGCGAACAAGCUCGUCAUGAUGAGAUUACCAAGUCCAACACCGUCAACUCGCCGUUUCUUCGACUGCCAGGUGAAAUCAGGAACAUGAUUUACGCCUACAUCUUUACCGACACAUUAUACAUCUUCACAGACUUUCAUCUAAAUGGCGAAGCACAAGGGAGCGAUAUCGACUUAUACAAAUUGUUCGAAGAGAAUGACAUGAGUCUACUUCUGGACUCUCGUAGGGUUCAUAAGGAGACUGCUCUGCUUCCCUACAAGAUGAGUAUAUUUGCUUUCGAAUUCGAAGGGGAAUGGAGACACUGGGAGUAUGUAAGGGAGUUCUUGGAGAGUAGAUCGAGAGCACAGAUCUUGGCUAUGAGGAGACUGGAGAUCUUUUACGGCGGAGUUGGGUUGGUAGGUUUUUCACAUCGCAUGGAGACAAGCAAGUGGUGGUACAAGAGUUUGGGUUGCGUAAAGAGCUAG